AUGAGUGAUUUCAAGCCGAGAUUUUUAAAACCAUCCGAUACUUCAAGCUUCUUGGACAAAAAUGAACCACAAUCAUUAGAGAGUACUGAUUUUAUUUAUAAUAAACAUUUGUCUCAGUCAAUUCAAACCCAAAGACAGAGGUUGCCAAUUUUCAAUAACAGAAAUCACAUCUUGUACCUGCUUGAAAAAUUUCAAACACUUGUAUUAGUUGGUGAAACUGGUUGUGGAAAGAGCACCCAAAUUCCUCAGUAUAUGAUCGAAGCAGAAUGGCCGUUGUCGAUAGGCGUGUGCGAACCAAGAAGAGUGGCUGCCAUUUCUUUAGCUAACAGAGUAGCAGACGAAACUGGUUCGUUGGUUCAACAGGAAACUGUAGGUUACGCUGUUAUGUUCGACGCUUGUAAUAAUAAGCCGAAGAUUAAGUAUAUGACUGAAGGAAUAUUAUUAAGAGAAAUGAUGUCAGAUCCACUUCUCAAAGAUUAUUCUGCCAUUAUGAUAGAUGAAGCUCAUGAGCGAACUCUGUACACCGAUAUUCUUAUGGGACUCAUGAAGAAAAUAUUAAAAAGACGGAAAGAACUGAGAUUAAUUGUAGCAUCCGCAACGCUCGACGCUAAGGCAUUACAAGAAUUUUUUAAUAAUAAUCCUACAGACGAUAAGAAAAAAGACACUGCUGUAAUAAUGUCUGUAGAAGGAAGACAGUUUCCUGUUGAUGUAUUUUAUGUGGCAGAACCUGUGCCAUGCUACCUGCAAGCCUCCGUCGAUACAGUUCUUAAAAUCAACGAAUCUAAGCAACCAGGGGACAUCUUAGUGUUUCUCACGGGCCAGGAAGAAGUCGAAAGAACCGUGAGGCUGUUAAACGAGCACGCCAAUUUGAUAGAAGAAUCUCGAAAAAAAGAAAAAAUUGUGGUACUGCCCAUGUAUGGAUCCUUACCGCAUCACGAUCAGUUAAAAGUUUUCAGAUCAGCACCGGAUGGUUACAGAAAAGUCGUCGUUGCGACUAAUAUAGCAGAAACGUCAGUUACUAUACCGGGGAUAGUUCAUGUUAUCGACUGUGGUUUUGUUAAAUUAAAAUGGUAUAAUAACGAAACUCAUACAGAUAGCUUAGUGACCUUGCCCAUUAGCAAGUCUUCGGCUGAUCAACGAGCAGGGCGAGCAGGAAGGUUGAGAUCUGGAAAAGUAUAUAGAUUAUAUACUGAGGAAUUUGCCGCUAAAUUGGCAGACAACACGCCACCCGAGAUGGUGAGAAGCAAUCUUACUUAUGCCGUAUUGCAAAUUAAGGCUCUAGGUAUUGCUAAUAUACUCAAAUUCGAUUUUCCAAGUCCACCUCCCAUUCAGAAUCUCAAAAGCGCAUUAGAAAUAUUGUACGCUUUGGAUGCAAUCGACAUAGAAGGCGAAUUAACGCGACCAUUGGGAUUUAAUAUAGCGGAAUUCGCUUUGGAUCCACUUUAUUCAAAAGUGUUAUUUAGUUCAGGCGAAUUUGGCUGUUCGGAAGAAAUUCUCACCAUCAUUGCUAUGCUUCAAGUCGAAACAGUAUUCACAAAACCAAGUACCGGUAAUUCAAUAAUCAAAGCAAGAAUCCAGAAAAGACUGUUUGAAGUAGAGGAAGGCGAUCUCAUAACGUACUUAAAUGUAUUUAAUGGCUUUAUUCAAAGUGACAUGUCACAAGGAUUUUGCCAUAAGAAUUUUCUUAGUUACAAGGGUUUAAAAAGAGUGGUGGAGAUCAGAAGAAGGCUGGAGAAGAUGUUGAGGAAUUAUGGAGUUCCGAUAGAGUCCUGUAUAAGAUCGACUGAAAUGAUUAGAAAAUGUUUGGUAAAAGGACUGUUCCCAAAUGCUGCCUACCUUCACCAUAGUGGUAGUUACAAAACAAUAAGGGGAGAUAUUGAACUUUCUGUACAUCCUGAUAGUGUUUUAUAUACUAUUCCUCAACCACAGUGGGUAAUAUUCUGUCAAGUAGUCCACACAACUAAGUUAUUUAUGAGAGACUUAACAGUAAUUGACAGUGACUGGUUAUUAGAAUUAGCUCCACAUUUUUAUUUUAAAACUACUUUUCAUGAAUAA